GGAUAGGAAAACUCGGUUACGGUGCAUACUCCACGGUCUGGCUGUGUCCGGAUAUGGAUCCGAGAACGAGACGCCGGCUUCGUCGCUGUCAAGAUUUGUACCCGAGAUGCCGAAAAGACCCCACAGCUCAAUCGAGAGCUAGACUUUUACGAGCAUGUCAGUUCGAUGGAAUCACAGCAUCGCGGCCAAGUAUACAUCCGCGGACUGUACGGCGAAUUUGAGCUCGACAGUCCGACUGGCAAACAUUUGUGCUUUGUUCAUCCACCCAUGCACAUGACUAUUCGACAGCUCCAGUAUUACUACCCAGCACACAAGCUCGACGUUCCGCUUCUGAAGUGCACGCUAGCCAAUGUGCUACAGGAGCUGUCGUUCUUACACGACGAGGCCAAGGUCGUACAUGCAAACAUCGAUCCUGGAAAUAUCAUGCUGACUGUGCAUGAUGACACUAUUCUGGGAAACUUCGAGAAAGCUGAAGCAGAUGACCCGUCACCAGCCAAAGUGAUGGACGACACACGCACCAUUUACCGUUCCCGUAAGCUUCCCCCCUCCUACGGGCGAUCUCUGGGGCCAACCAGUUCUCUGUGACUUUGGCGAAGCGCGGAUAGGAGAUUCCCACUCUGGCUUGAUUCAGCCUGAGCUAUACCGUGCACCAGAGAUAAUCUUCGAGAUGGAGUGGGGCUCCAAG